ACAACAUCGAAAUGGCCGCCUCCACUGCACUGCUGAGUUAUCGCAACGUAAACUCUGCACAAAUAUUUGGCAGGUUCUUUCCAAUAAAUCUUGUUCUUGACUUAUAUUAUUUAUAACAGGAAAAUUACCGAUGUUGGAUGUGUAUCUAAGGUCAAUAUGGCUUCAAACUGUGUAACAGAUACAACGCAGUGGCUAUCAGUGAACGAAGAGUCGUUGUUUUUACACGACGGAUUAUUGCGGGUAAGCGAUCUUGUGAACUUGCCGAAACAUCUCAACAACGCAAACCCUCAAAACAGUUCGGAUGAGGUGGUUUCAUUUGACACUAAAAAUCCAACAGAAUUGAGUCAAAGACUGGUAUCUGUCUGCGAGAGACAUAAUAAUAUCUAUGCUUACUCAAGACUUUUAGAAUAUCGACUAAAUGCUUUGAAAGGCCUGUGGAAUGCCCAUCUCCAAAUAAAUAGCAAUGUGGAACAGCUGGAAAGAGAGACGUUUGGCGAAGAGGAAGUGACAAAUGCUGCCGGCAUCGGCGGCCUAAGUUUGCUGAAGAAAGUCGCGUGGCAUGGAGCUGAACCAGCAGCCUUUUCAAGUCGUCUUGGACUACUUCUCCUUUUUCCACUCCUUCGGUCACAACAGAGAAUAAAUCCAGAGUUAAGCAGCGAAACAGCGGUUCUGCUUCUUAAUUGCCUUCGAGAUUGUCUUCCCCUGAGCCUUUCAAAAGAACCCACAGAUUGUUUGGAUGGACUGGAAAACUUGUUGAGUUCCUGGCUUGGUGAAAGUGAUGAGAUUGAUGUGAUUGCUCGUGUCAAACCACAUGAAGAACAACAUGCCCUCCAACAACAACGCCAACAACUUGCCUCUGCCUUGGUUGCAUUUGCCUGUGCAAGGGGCUCAACAGGAACAUUCAUCCACACUACACACCUCCUGCAGCAGCUUGCCCCAAGUAUAGGUCCACUCCCCAUAGCGGACAUCCUUCAGAGACUACUCCGGCUUGAAGGAGGGCCAGGAUCACCAUCCUAUCUCCAUGGUAGCCGCCAUGUCGUGUGCUGGGGAUUUGAGGACAUGCUGGGUGAGAAGGAGGAGAAGACAGAGGAUAAAGAGAAAGAAAAAGAAUCAAUUACUGGUAGAAGCCUGGCCUGUGAUGGUGUGUCUUUGUAUUGCACCAAUUCAAGGGGUAAAGGUCUUGCAAAGAUUGGAUCUGGAUUACAUGGAACCUUAAGAGGCUUUGUCUACGCCCGUAAUCCUGACCUUCCAGUAGGCUUGAUUGCCUGCACAGACAAGAUACUGCUGCAUCGCCCUCUGGAGGCAGACUCUAAAACAGACUUAUUGGGGUCCGUCAUCAAUAGAGAUACUCUUAAGGUUGAAGGUAAUGUGAAGAUGCCCGAGACCCUGGUCAAUGCUUCUCAAGUCACUGUCUCACUCUGCAGUGAUGGUACCUACUUCUAUAGAGUCUGGUGCCCUCCUGGACCAGACAAGAGUGGCAAAGGUCAACCUGUAACCGUCGAUUUUCUAAUCUUGAAGGAGCAAGAUGGUGAGACCAUUGCUGAUCGUCUUAGACCAUCAAUUGUACUAGUUCGGAAUGAGGAUAUAGUAAGAGGUGUGGCAGACCCACUGCUCUUAAGACUGAGAGCGUUCCGCCCGGGCAAUGCUGCUGCACUAGCGCAACUCACCAACUCCAAUGGUAAUUCAGGUGGCAGAGAAGAAAUAUCUACCACAAGCUGUGGCCUGACCCUGAAGCUCCUUCGCAGGUCACCUAUAUAUUGCUGCGGCAGUAGUAUUGUGAUAGUGACAUCGCCCCCUGGAGGAAGUAGCAGCUCAGCUUCUCGAUCCCUAUUCAGUACUACUGCUGGGCUUAGUGGACUUAGAACAUUGGCAACAAGCAUCUGUUUCAAUCUUUCAAAUGGUCUCCUAACCAGCAAGCUAGAGCUUAUGGAUGCCCCAGCAUGUGCUAUUGCUAGAGGAUCAAACGUCCAGGGUCUAGGUAUUUGCUAUGACGAGCUGAACAACACCAUCUGGACCUGUUCUCCCGACUGGGUUGACCAAUGGCAGAAUCCUGGGCUGAGGGCUACUCACCAUGUCUGUAAGCAGCUGGGAGUACCACAACCUCCACUUAUUGAAAAAACACCACAAGACAAUAUGCUGGAGGUAUCUGAGGUUGUGGGUCUUCUUCUACACCAUGUGGGGAGCUCCAGCUGUCACAAGGUACACAGUGAAGUAUACCAGAGCCCCGCCCUAGGGAGACUCAUGGCUGCCCCUACCCCACCCCCAAUCACCCAUCUCAGACGGUUGUGUGCUAUAAUAGAGAAGGCCGUAGAAGAACAGAAUCUUGCCAUCAUUCAGUGCAUGCUGGUUGUUCUGCAGGUUGUCUUCAAGUCACAUGCCUUCAAUCCAGACAAUGUUGAUGAGAGAAACAUCUUAGAAAGGACUAGGAAACUGGUCUGGGGUCUGUUGACAUCAAGUGAUGGGAAGUUUGGAGCAGAGAGACUCAUAACUGAAGCCUGUAAUGUUAUCAAGACUGGUCUUUCUGUGCUAUUCAGUGGUUGUGAUCAAAUCAACGGUCUGCUUCGUCAACUUCUGACCGAUGGAGACUCUACAUCCUCCUUGGGUAAACUAAGAGAUAUGAUCCUAACAGAGCUGGCUCAUCAACUCAGGCAGACUUCCAGAAAAGAGAAUCACAAGUUUGAUGAGGGCUUGGUCCAGAUGAUCAUGAAUAUAUCAGAAAGGGAAUCACGUCAGCUCCUUACACAGUGCCUCACCAGUGAUAGACCAGCUGAAUCGAUAUCAGCUAAUGUACCACUUGCCAGCCCUUGCCAACAGUUCCUAACAUCCCUUGAGCUACACAUCUUACAAGGUAUCAUCAUGAAUGACGAGAAGAUGGAGGAGGGAACUUCUGCUACCACUCCACCGACCGGGCCCAAGCCAUGCACAAAGGAGGUAGAGGACACUGUUCUCAAACUGGCCACUAAGAUAUUCAAUGGAUGCGAACAGAUUCUGGAAACUCUACUGGGCAUGUGCAAUGACCUGAUGAACUCUGGUCAGGCCAGUCAGAUGCAGGUCCUGGACCGGGUAGUGAAAGGAACUAUACUAGGCUAUCUGCUACCAGGUCUAGUCACAGCCUUACGUCAUCCUAACCUGCGCAGUCUGGAUCUAGCUGAAGCCUUGGUCCCUCAGGUUGUCAGACUGACUGUCCUCAUCAGUCAGGUUGCCAUGGCAAUAGGAAACACUGCUCAUCAGGAGAAGAAGAUGGAUAAGAACAGCUCUCAGCCUCAUGAUGUUGUCACAGACCUUCUUGCCAGUCACAUCAAAGACAAGAGUGAGAAGAGCUGCGAGAACUAUCUGACAAAGCUUCGAAUCCCGGCGCCCUGGGCCGCUGGUAAGACAGUCGAGACCAUCCACCCUGUCAGAGAUAACUACAAGUUCAGAGAAACUGUUCACAUCCCGGGUGCAAGGUGUCUCUAUCUCAGAUUUGAACCCCGUUGUGCAUCCCAGUAUGAUUAUGACAAGGUUGUGAUAUAUGCUGGACCCAAUACAAAUUCAAGGAAAGUUGUGGAGUAUGGUGGCAAUACGUAUGGAUACGGUAGUCGGAGUGUAUUGGGAUCGGGCUGGCCCAAAGACUUGGUCAAGGUUGAAGGUGACACUGUUACAUUUAACUUUGAGAUGAGAAGUGGUCGCGAGCACAACACUCCUGACAAGGCCCUGUGGGGGUUUAGUUGCACAGUCAGAGCGCAGGAAUCAUCCGAGGACUGCACCAGUGGCCUCCCAUUUGUUGCUGACUUGGCUCUCGGCCUGACAGUUCUAGGUUCAAGCCUCCUCAAAGUGCUCUACGAAGGACCAGAGGUGACGGGUGCUGAGGAACGAUGCCAUGCCCUCCUGUCUUCCAAGAUGAUUCAGAGGUGUGCUUGGCAUGAGAUGGUACAGCAGCCCAUUACAGGUCCAUCAUCAGGAAGUAAAGAGAAGGGUUCAGGCACCAGUCUCCCAAGGCUCAAGCUUUCUAAGGAUACCCUACAGAGACUGAGGGUGAUGUCUGGCAGAGCUGCUCCCUUCAUGAGGUCUAGUAUCAAAGAUGUGAUAAAUCCUGUUGUCUUAGAAGAGGCCCUUGUAUCCGCUGCUAUCAAACUACUUGAUCUUGAACCAAUGCUGAACUCUCUGAGCAGCAGUGAGUCUGGUCUGACUGCUGGCAGCCCUGGUCAAAAUGGCUUUAUAAAGAUGAUAGCAGAGGUCUUCAAUAGAGUGAACACACUUGAAAGACAACUCAUGUUCAUUGGCGAGUUAGAGCAACGUUGGGAAAGAGAGCAGGAGGAAAUGAAGGCUGAAGUAGAUGAUUCUCAACCGUUCUUUAUUGAUUACCAUCUUCAAGAGGACAAAAAGAAGGAUAUUGAAACACUCUGCUUCAUCCUAGAUAUAGACUGUGAAACUAUUAGUGCUGAAGAAGCAGUCAAACUUCUCAGGGACAGAAUGAAAGAGAGUCGGCCAGAGGAGGAUGAAUCUCAGAAGAUGACAAAGACAAAGGGAUUAGUGGCAGCCAUCUUGGAAAGAGCCAACGCUCUAUUGGAUGUAUCCAUACCGAGAGAGAAUGGAUCAUCUAGCAUCGGUCGGAGUAUAUCACACGGUGGUGAUGAGCUAGGUACAUUACCCUGGAAUGGAGGAGUAAGCAGUCAACCUUCUACCAGUACUAAUCAGUUCUCAAGAAGUCUGUCAAUGCCAGCUGAUCUCACCAAAGCUAGGCCAGCAUCAUCAGAUAAGUCAUCCAGCAGACCUUACCAGAUGCGUCGGUCCAGGAGCAGUGCUUACAGUGGCACUCCAGAACGCAACCAGAAUCUCAACAACCUACUUGAUGAAAUAUUUGCCUUCAUUGGAACCAAACUUAAUCAAACCGUAUCUAGGGACGAGUUCCUCUCGGCGGUCAAGGCAAGACAUCAACGUGGAUGGUCAAGACAGCAAGCCUUGGUCCAUGCCCAUCGAUUGAUGACCACUGCUGGUCGUUCAGAGGGCUAUGCUCAUCUAGUGACCGCUAUAACAUCCGUCUUGCAGCAGGGACCUAGGAUAGAUGACCUGAAGUGCGGUGGUUUUGUUGAGACUGUUAGACAGGCCUUUUCAGACGCUAUGACGGCCAUUGUUCAACUUGCUACUCAUCAUCCAACUGAUUGUGCUUACAGUAUAGGACUCCUAUGUACCAUCCCAUACACAAGGAGUGAAGAGAAGUGCCUGGUUGAUAGUCAGUUGGUCAGUUUACUGGACAGACUAUGUAGCCUUGGUCAUUCAUCUGGUCAGCCGUCAAGGCCAGAAUCUCAGUCAAGUGGUCAGAGGGUCUCGGCAUUGGCUUGGGCAGGCUUCCAGGUGCUUGCUAACCGCUGUGUAUCGUGGGAAACAGAUGAGGUAUCCCAGGAUGCUUUGGGAUAUGCGGGUCUUGCUCGUCAGGUGUCUUUGCUUCUGACCAAUCACCUUGCUCGAGCGACGGAGAGCUGUGGCAAUGAGGCAGCGGGAAGUGAGGCCCUACAGGAGGUUCUUAGUCUACUGAAUAACUUAUCUAGGAGUCGUAUGGGUCGUGCCAUCCUAAGCCAGCCAGCUUGCGUCUCUAAGCUUCUAUCUCUUCUCCUCGACCAGCGCCCGUCUCCCAAACUUGUUCUGAUCAUCCUCCAGCUGUGCCGAGUAGCGCUCCCUCUGAUGAGUGCCCAGGACUGCGCCCAUGUUCAGCUGCCAGCGUGGGGGGCGGAGCUGGCUUCUGCUGCCGGUGGAGAAGGGGGCGUGACUACAAGUGACCCGCCUGCUCGUAUUGCCAGUCUACUACUAGCCAAGCUUGGGGAUUGUGUAGUCCCAGGAUGUCAGACAAUCCUAGCUCCGGAGCAGCUUGGUCAUCUAUCAUCAGUGAGCUUUAUUCCUGAUAGAGAGGAUGAUCUGGAGGACCAAGAUGGCCGCCUCUCCGUCUUCCUUCAUAAGAGAGAGGAUCAGUCAUCUCGGGAAGUCAUCCAGGCUCUUCUGAGUUCUGAGGGUCGUCCAUUCAGGCUUGGGAGUGGAGCUAACAUGGAAAAGGUUCUACGUAUGGAUCGUAACAUGCAUACAAAUGGCAAGGCUGAGCUCUUCACGGAGGAUGCAGCGACGGCGAUACAGAAAGCAGGCAAGCUAGCACAGGCCGGUUUCUUGGUGAGUGUAGGCGCUCCGACGGAGACCACUGACAGUGAGAACAAUAACAAGGAGAAACUCAAGGUCACUGCCGAAGCUGUUUGCAGAGAAAAGAAUGCUGAACUUGCCAGAACGGACCCAGUGCGACCUUUCAUCAGUGGCCAUGUUGCUCACAGCAUGGCGUCUGAGGUCAUAGCUCUCAUGCAUAGCUUGCUAACAGCACCUGAAUCUAACACAGCCAAGAUAUGGGCAUCUGCUGUAGAGAGGGUCCUAUCACAUGCCUUGUGUCAAGUGCCUCUGCUCGUAUCACAACAGUCCAGUCACAUGACCCUGCUAGCCUCACAGCCGCAAGGACCAGACAUUGAGAAGCUCCUCUCCACCUGUCGUCAAGUGGUGGCAGCAUUCUGUGCCCUCGGUGGUUUCCAAGACUGCGUCAAGAUGGGAUCAACAGCUCAGAUUGUUGGAGAUGGCUGUGUGCCGUUAGAAGCUCAUGUAUUGAGUUUAGCUGAGCAUCAAGGAAUCGCUUCUGUUUCUGUCAAGGCCGAUGAUAUCCCGAAGAUUAGCAAUCCUAUGGAUGUAUCUAUCAGCAGGCUUAUACCCCCUAAAAACAUUGUACUCCCUCUCCAGCAGCUGUCAAUCACUGAGAAGCUGGUAACAGCCUUACACAGCCUCCUCCUCCCCCAGGAUGGCCAGGGCGUGUGCCCCAUGCUAGUACCCCUCCCUGCUGAAGAUGAUGGCAACAGUCAAGCUAUGGCAACGUGUCGGGUGCUGGCCGAGAUCAGCUCAAGAGCUUGUGCAGUCCUUGCUCAUCACAUGGGUGAUUCUAACUUUGCCUCAGAGUUUGUGAUGCAGACCAACCGACCCUUAGAGGUGCUCAAGUCUCUUUCUCAACAAUGUGGUACAGGUGAGAGACAGAAGGUAGUAGUUGCCCAAUGUGAGAAACUGAGAAUGCUGUAUAGAGACUGUGCCAGGCCUCCUACACCACCAGCCAAGCAAAACAUCUCUAGUGUUCAUGACAUGACCCUUGACCCAAGCCGUUCCUACCCACCGAUUAAGGCCUGUCUCUUCUCGCGAUGCAUGACCUCCUUGACCUUUCUAGGCGACCCCGUGACCUCCGGUGGUCUACCAGCCGGUGUGAUGUGCUAUGCAACUCAGUCAGUACCUCAACAGGCAACUUCUUUUUACUGGGAGCUUGAGAUCUGUUCUUAUGGCGAUGCUGCGGAAGAUUCUGGUCCUAAUGUUUCGAUGGGCCUGGCCCCUCCUGCAGAGAAGAAGGAUGGUGCUAACAACUGGACCAACCCGAUUGGAACUGUGCUGUUCCCUGUGAGUGGGCAUGCCAUUCAUUACAGCGGGGCGAGUCUCCUGCGCUGGAAGAGCGUCCGCCUGGACAUCACUCUCAAGGUUGGUGAUGUCAUUGGAAUGGGAUGGCAACAGAACGAUGACCCUUCACCUAUGAACGGGUCAGGUGGAGCUGGUCAUAUCUUCAUGACCCUGAACGGUCACAAGUUUGCCCCUACCCUGGAGGAGGUUAGUGGAGGGCUGUGGCCGGUCGUACAUGUUCAGAAGAAGAACACACAGGUCCGAGUCAACUUUGGUAAUAGGCCAUUCGCCUAUGUGGAUGGCCACUGUCACCACACGGCAGCGCUCGAAUCAUCGGACUCCCUGGAGGAGAUUACUGCUAAUUUUGGGGCUCUUCCAUUCGCUAUGAUGGGGGAGAGCGACAGUGAUAAGGAGCCCACCCCUCCAUCGACUCCUUCCACUGAACAGGCAUCUCCAAUGAUCAGUACUGCUCCAGGGAUAUCAUUCAAAUUGGCAACUCCACAAAAACCAAAGAAAGACUAUGACGUUACUGAAUCCCAGCUGUACAGCCUACCUGGGGUGUACGCCGAUUUCACGACGUCGGGUCUUUCCCCUCACCAGACGGCCCUGUCCUCUGCCCAGGAUGACUCCGAUGAAGAAGAAAGGGAUGGGGACGGACAGCAGGACCAUGUAUCGUUGUUAGUCCGAGCCUGGGAACUCAAGGUCUUCCCGGUCAUCAGGAGGAGGUUCAGGAAUGAAGCGGAGAGAAGGUCUGGCCUGGAGCAGAUCAAAGGAGCUCUGCAGUUAGGCAUGACAGACAUUGCCCGUCAGACCGUGGAAUUCCUGUACGAGGAGAACGGUGGCAUCCCUCGGGACCUCCACCUGCCAACCAUCGAUGACGUCAAGCAGGAGGCCGCUAAGUUCACCAUCGACAAGGUCCGGAAGGGAACCACGGUCCUGAUCAGACCGCUGGGUGAGGAGAGCACCGGGACUGCUGGAGGGAUGUUGGUACCCAAGUACGCCAUCAGGAGCAUGCUGAAGACACUUGGUCUAUCAGGGGUCGUACUGGAUGUGGAUACGCAACAUGAGUUAGUCCAGGUGGAGUCAUACCUGAGAAGUGAGGGAGUUCUGGUAAGAUACUGGUAUCCAUUAGACAUGUUAGAGCGCCCUCUAUCAGGCAUGCGACGGGUCAGCAGCUCAUUGACCGGGACAACCUCCAUUGACAUCUCUAACAUACAGCUGCACAGAGAGCUUCUGCAACUGGAAUCAUCCUUGGCUCGCCUCUACUGUCGGACAGCUCUAACCAAGUUCCUCUCUCACUGUCAAAGCCCAGAGGUCAUUGAAGCAAUACCAUGUUCCCUUUCACCCCCGCUGACUGAGCAGCACCCCUCUGCCUCUCCGCUCGCUGCCAACGGUGGCGCCAGACAGCACAUCUCACACCUACAACUCUUGUCCAACCAGCUACUGACGUCAUCUCAGCAGAAUGGGCAACUCCAUGAACCCUCCUUGCUGACGUCGUGCGGCGUUGGCCACAGCUUGGCACCGAUCAUCACAAGGAGUCUCACAGCCAUUUUCUAUGGGGCGGAAGAGCUGCCGUUCCUCAAGAAGGAGCUUGCUAUCUCCAUAGCAACAGCAGCGCAACAAGGAGAGAGACAUCUCUUGGAGCUGACCAAUCAGAUUUGUGGAAUCUUCCAAGACCCCUGUUCAGCCUUUGAUGUAGAAUCAAUUAAGAUUGGUGAAAAGAUCAACAAUAAUUAUUUCUUCAAGAAUGCUGUGGGUUUGGUGGUCAGCUGUAAGAGAGAUAUCCCGUCAUCCCAUAGAGAGUCAUCUCUUUACCAGGCCCCUUGGGCAAGGGUCAGCUGCUAUGGCAUGGGACAGAGAGUCAAGAAAUCUGGUAGUGUUGCACCGUUAGAGGUGGUGAGCUACCCUGCCGAUGUUACUCUUAACAAUUCCGGAGGAUUGGCAGCUCCCUCUUCCCACAUCGUCGAUCCUUAUCCUUCUGUGGUGCUACCCUGUAACAAGAUACAUGUCAAAGCAGGUGUGUCUCCAGCUCCAAACUAUGUCAUGACCAUCCAUGGACUGCCUGCAGAGUUCCCGCUGGCCAUGGCAUUUGUGGAGUCACUGAUAGGGUGUCGACAGGAGAUGGGCGAACAGCGAGUCGAUCGGCAUGCCAGUGUGACGUUGCGACCUGUGGCAGAGAGUGUUGGUGAGCGGGAAGGGAUUCUGAAGAAGCCAAGGAAGAUUUCCACCAUUGUUUAUAUCAGAGUACUGGAGUUACUAAGCGGAUAUGUUGGUUGGGCAGCAGUGCCGGCUGUGAUCAAGGAGCACUUGUUUCUUGUUAUGGCUCAGGUCUUAAGGCUUAUCCGCAAAGUAGACGAUGAGGAUGGAGCAAGUGCCUCUCCUAUCACAAUGGUUCCACUGUCAGUGUUGGCAGAGUUGAGAAGGUUCCGCUCUGAGCUUGGAAAGCUGUUUGAUGAGGAAGCACUUCUAGCAGUGAUUGGCAGUGGCUCAGUGGCACCAGGACAACACACAUCUUAUUUCCAAGCCCUCAUGGAACUUUGCUUGGCUAUGUCAGAGAUCGAUCAGUUUCCUUCAGCACCUCAGACAGGUUCUUCUUCUAUCUCGGUAACAGUCACUCUUCCCUCCCCACGACCAGCCUCCAUGGUGAGCCCCAAGCAGCUUGUGAGGUCCAGCCCUCAGGUCACAUCCCGCAAACGUCGGCCUAAAAUGAAGAGAGCUGGACAGCAAAAGAGGACUCCUCACAAUAGUGAAAGUGACAGUGGUGAAGCAUCAUCAAAUGGUGCAAACAAUCCAGAGGAUAUGCUGUGGUUUCAUCGUGCUUCUACCUUGAAUGUUAUUCUAAGGUACCUCGAUAGUCAAGAUCCACAGGGGGAGUCAUCCAUGAGAACAGCCAUCAGGGAUGCACACCAUAGUGUGACAACUCCGACUGCCUAUUCUAGGUUGGUGGUGAUCUCAGGAUUACCACCGAACAUGGAGGAACCAGCAGCAAGGAGGGCAAUCCUCAAGGCUUGUAAUCAAGCAGGUGGCCUUUUCAAAGAUGAAAUAUGGAUCCCCAUCCAGGAAGAGGUGAAGCCACCAACCGCAAUUGAUGCAGACCCUAAAUCUGAACAGUCACAGGUCUCAGAGUUGACUGAAUCUGAUCCACCUGUACAAGGUGCUUCAGAUCAAACACAAGAAGAGAUAUCUGCUGCUGCAGAACAACAGGAGCCUGAAAGGACAACCGAAUCUGACACACCGACUAGUCUUCCUGUAGACCAAGAUACCAACCAGUGUGAAGCGUCCAGCACAGAAGCUAGCAGUGAACCCAAACCCAGCAGUAAAAAGAACUUUGUUCAGGGAUAUGCAGUGAUUGAAGUACGCAGUAAAGCUAAAGUUGAGGACAUAGAGCAUGCCCUUUUGAAUAGCAGGAUCCUGGAAGACUCCCUUCCAUUUGACAAUGACUCCAUGAUGAGUGUCACUGGAGAGGAUGUACUCACUAUUGCAACAGUCACUCCUUCCCUCCUCACGGAACCAUCAGAAAUGGAAGCUCUAGUAGGGUACCUGAAACACAAGCUCCUGCCCCAUGAGACCUCUGAGCAACUAUCCUUAGGUGAGCAGUCUUCAGCAGCUCUAGAGGACAUCUUCAACAGCUGCGUCAGGUGCUCUCACUUCAAGUCCAAACCCAGCCAGGACUCAGAUGCAGCCCAACCUGAGAUAUGCCUUUCCAAAGAACAGAUCCUAUCAACCUGUCCAGGGAACCUACUCUUUGAAUUCUUUACCACCAUGCAUCCAUCCAAGAUGACUGUAGAGGAGUUUGUCUGCGACAUCAUCCAGAAGUAUGGAGUGCUGCUACCUGAUAUCAAAGAGAAGAAAACAGUUACCAAGCCUGGUAAAGAUGGCAGUAAGGGCUCUGGGAAGCGACCAAGCAAGACCAUGUCUAAGGAGAGAUACAGUCCAGAGUUUACAUCACCCAAGGGAAAGCCUCCAUUUGCAGCAGAAAGGAAGGUGAAAGUAGUUGACAAACGGUCUGGCCUCAAGGACAUGAGUAGCAAGGAGAAAGCCUUGAUGGAAGAGACUAGCUGUCAGAAGAAAGUAUUGAAGAAAGGACUCAACUUACAUGGAUUGCUAUGCAUGGGACUUGACAGAGCUACUGAAGAUGUGUGCUCACUCUGGCGCAGUCUUCUUGCUACAGGAUUUGACAUUCACUUUGAAAGGACCAGAUAUGAGGACCCAAACAAAGCUCUCGCUUCUCAGCACUCCUGGACCAAUCAUCAGGACCAGGCCUUAGUCCAGUACACCAAUGAGCUAUGCCUCAAGCUCGCCAUCACGCCGGCUAGACUACAUCCCCAUGAGUUGAUCUUUUCUGAGGCUGACCUAGCCAGACCUGAGUAUAGCUGCCUGACAGGUAUUCCCAUAGCAACCAUCAGAUUACGUUAUGCCUUCCUACAAUCCCUCAACACCAACCUGGAGCACCAUUUCCUGCCUCUUGUUGACCUUCGACCUUCACAAUCUCUUGUGGAGAGCACAGCCGCGCUGCUCUCCCGGACUCGUGAGUGGUUGUUCUACGAUACCAAAGUACGCUUCUUCAAUCUCCUCCUGGAUGCCACAGCCCAGAGGAAUGUGGACACGGCAGCCCCUGAGGUGUCCCUAGAUCCACUGCAAGUUAUAGGAACAUCAACCAAAGAUAAGUCACCCACUUUCUGCCAAGCUGCUUCGGCCCUUGCCAAUGUCUACUCCUCUCAGCUGUGUGUGAAGAUAGCCAGCGGGGGUGACCCUACGUAUGCCUUCAAUGUCAAACUAGUUGGAGAGGAAGUCCAUGGAACAAGUGGCUCUUUCCGUCACUUCUUGGGAGAGGUAACGCAGGAGCUUCACAGCGACAGGUUACGUCUCCUCAUGCCAUGUCUUAGUGGCUGUGCGCAGGACAAAUAUAGAGGGCGCUAUAUACUUCGACCGGAUCCCAUGACCUACCCGGAAGAAAGGAUGCUAAUCUUCUUUGGACAGCUCCUUGGAAUAGCCAUGAGGGCUGACAUACCGUUGGCCCUGGACCUACUACCUAGCUUCUGGAAGUGCCUGGUUCAAGAACCACUAGAUCCAGACCAGGACCUUGCUCAGGCUGAUAGUGCAACUCACAAAUUCCUUCAGAGGAUGGACCAGGCACAGAACGAGGAGGAGUUUUCAGCAGUGUGUUCAGACAUCGUAGCUGCCUAUCUUCAUCCUGAUCAGGAUGCCCUCUCCAGUCCCGGUGCAUCGUGUGCCGGAAUGAACCUUCAUUUUGAGUAUCCUAACAUGAUGGGUGAUCUGGUGGAACUCUGCCCCAAUGGUCAUGAGAUUCCCGUCAGGUGGGGCAAUCGUCAAGAGUACAUAGCAGCAGUUAGAGAUCUUCGCCUAAGGGAAUUGGCUUGUCCUGAGAGGAUGUUGGCUAUCCGCUGUGGUCUGGCAUCCAUCGUUCCUCAUCGUUUGCUCACCAUCAUGAACCCAGUGGACAUGGAGCUUAGGAUGUGUGGAAGACCGCACGUGGACCUGGCCAUGCUGAAGGCACAUACAAUGUACCAGGUUGGUCUGGUGGAAACAGACACCCACAUUGAGUUCUUCUGGCAAGCCUUGGAUAGUUUCUCCCAGGAAGAACUCAGUCGCUUCAUCAAGUUCGCUUGCAACCAGGAGCGGAUCCCCAGCACCUGUCCCUGCAGACAGGGGGGCAACGAGGCCGCCCAUGUUCCACCCUACCCCAUGAAGAUAGCCCCACCCGAUGGACCCAGUGGCUCACCUGAUCAGCGAUUCAUCCGCGUCGAGACCUGCAUGUUCAUGAUAAAGCUGCCUCAGUACUCCACCUUGGCUGUCAUGAAAGAGAAGCUGCUCUAUGCAAUCAACUGUAGGGAAGAUCCUCUCAGUGGAUGAUAACAUUUUACGGUCAUUCUGCAUUUAGAGAUAAAGCUGCUCUAUGCAAUCAACUGUAGGGAAGAUCCUCUUAGUGGAUGAUACUCUUAUUCAUCGGUCUUUCUUCAUUCAGAGAUAAAGCCGCUCGAUGCAAUCAACUGCAGUGAGGACCCACCCAGUGAAAGAUUCCCCACCUCUCAUUGGUUGAUUAGUAUUCAGAGAAUGAAGGAUUGCCAAGAAAAUGCCAUCAUUAGUUAUAAGAAUGUAAUCAUGUUGCAAUUUCAUGUUUUGUCACCUGUAAGCAUUCAUAAUCUUGACCUUGCAAUCAACUGUGGUGAGUUUAAAAUCAAGGGAUGAUUGUUCGGUCGGCAUUCAGAGAUGAUUGAUUGCUAUCAAAAUGCUUUCAGAAUUUGUGUACAUGUAGCUAGCAAAAAGUCCUCAUGAUUAGUCUCAAGAUGAUUUGAUGAUUAGAGUUCUUUUCUUUGAGAUUUUGUCACCAUGAUCCAUUUGUGAUAUCAUCAAAAUCAUUCAGCAUCCAAAGUGUUUAGAAAUGUAAUCAACUGAGGAUUUAUAAUUGGGUACUAAUCUCCAUGCAUGAUAUUUACUAUAUCAUCAGGAUACACUAUUAAUCAACAUGUUGUUAGUUUUAUAUGUUGAUGGUACGAUGGCAAAUUAUUACAGUCUUGAAGAAAAUUCAGAGUUUGUAUCUGAGUGCAUCCUUGAAUGACAUUCUUCAUCAUCUGCUACUAGUAUUUAAGAUUAAGUUGAUCACCAUGGUGAUAAAUCAUCAUCGGGCAAUCUACCAUUAUCAGAAUGCAUUCAAGUUUUUCAUGUUAUCAUAAGAUGGCCAUGAAAACGGUAUAUAUCAUGAAAAUAUGCAAUGUCUUUCAGUAACCAUUGAGUUAUGUCAAGUGUGGUUGUGGUGUUGGUGUUGGUGUUAGGGUGGUGUAGGAAGUGUGAAUUGGACUACCUAACCUAGUAAAGCUCCAACGCCAAAUGUGAACUUAAUUGAUAUCGUGACACUGAGUGAUUUUGCAUUCAGCACUGGCUUCAUCGCAUGAUUGGUGCGACUGAUGGUGUAAUAAACAAACAGCCUAAACCAACACUAGCUGUCUACACCAAAUUUAUGAAGAGAGUAGCACCAUUAUGAGUUUAAUUUACUACCACACUACUUUCAAGCCCAAACAUCUAUUGGUUUUUUUUAUGUGCUAGUAGUAGUAGUAGAAAAUAAUACCAAAGGCAAUAUAAUCUUAGUCAACAGCAGUAUCCCUCCACCUAAGGUUAGGGUCAUAGGCAAGCUAUAGUUCAUUUGGUUUUUAUCGUCUAUACAUCUGAACUUA